CUCUGAUCCUCUGCCUCUCGCCUUGCAGCCGCGCUCACCUCCGCCUGUGUCUAGAGCGCUUAAAAGUCCUGAUCCCGCUGGGGCCAGACUGCACCAGGCACACAACGCUGGGGCUGCUCAACAAAGCCAAAGCUCACAUCAAGAAACUUGAGGAGACUGAGAGGAGAAGCCAACACCAGCUUGAGCACCUGGAACGAGAACAAAGAUUCCUAAAGAGAAGACUGGAACAGCUACAGGGUCCUCAGGAGAUAGAGCGAAUACGAAUGGACAGCGUUGGCUCUACCAUUUCCUCUGACCGCUCGGACUCGGAGCGAGAAGAGAUUGAAGUGGACGUUGAAAGCACAGAGUUCUCCCAUGGAGAAGUGGACAAUAUCAGCACAACCAGCAUCAGUGACAUUGAUGAUCACAGCAGCUUGCAGAGUAUUGGGAGUGAUGAGGGUUACUCCAGCGCCAGCGUCAAGCUCUCGUUUGCUUCCUAGAGCCAAGUGAGGUGACAGUGCAGGGCAAAUGAUUUCACUGGGGUGAUCAAGCUGGGUCCUAGAUGCCAGUAUCCUCUUUCAGAAAUGACAUGUUGACACCUAGUCCUGGAGAAACCUGUAAAUAAAGCCUUUUGGGUAGAGGAAGCCUCCACAGAAACCCAAAUACAUGUUCAUUUGGUCAUGUUACCAACACCAAUUCUUACUGGCAAAAAGUUAGACCAAACCCUAGUCCCUUUAAAGUUAAUGAUGAGCUAUCCAUUUGUUUCUGUGGGACUUGCAUUUAGACCUUAGCGAUGAAACACUUUAUUUUGACUUUAUUUGUUUGAAAGAGGAUACUAGAGACUCAUCCCUCUCUUUCUGCCAUGAGAUCUGAGAAAUGUCACAAUUUCUUAUAUUGCAUUCAGAUUGAACAAUCUAGUUUAGGCCCUUCUGAAGAGCUUUUGUGGUCCUGAAAGGACCGUGUCCUGCAGUUUAUCACAAUCCAACGCUGUUGUAAAUUGCUAGGAAGUCUUUGAAGGCUUAUGUAGCCUAGGAAUAAUCUAACACCGGUAACGACUGCUGUUCGGUGCCCAGAGGGAGAGGGGCAGCAGAGAAGCAUGUUCAGGAGAGAACACCAUUCAGCUCAGCUUUCUGUUGAACGUCAUUUAAAAAGCAAGUACCUCUGAUGCGUGGCCAAAGCAAGGGGUGCAAACCUGUAAGCUACCAGCACGUCGUGGGCUGUCACCACUGGGGCUGUGACACCGACAGCAGAUCUCCCGGUAGACGCGUGCGCAGGCACCCAGACAACUGAGGACAGAAAGAAGCCAGCACUUAAGAGAGCUGCUGGGCCAGAAGGACAAGCCCAGAUACUGAGCCACUACGAUCUUUUUAUUUGAAGAGAUUUUUGAUAAAACAUUUGUAAAAUGUGUUGGGAGGGCAAACACCCCAAGUCUGACGUGUCUUUUUAGAGCUCGUCCAUACGAAACCUUAGAUGUCUUUUAUAUGAAUUAACGCCAUGAAAAGAUCUCUGUUCCAAUGAAGCACUUGACCCAAUGAAACACAAAGAUGCUUUUUGCCAUGCACACAACGGAUGAAGGCUGUGCCAGCUGGAAAGGCCAGGUUUGGUGGGGGUUUCUUUGGUUUUCUUUUUAGAAUCAUUCCCUUUGCUGCCUUUUGAAGUUCCAGUCCAGUAGUUAACCUAGUUAAGCUCAGCACGUCUCUCAUUAAGGUAACGUUUCGACUGCACGUCCUGUUCCCAAGGGCCUUGUCAUCCUACCCGUGCAGGUGCUGUUAGGAGCUAUUGUAUCGAAUGUUUGCGGAUUUUCUUGGAGCCGAGCGUUCUAACCUGCACUUUGAGGGCUUUACCUUUUUAUUUUCGUCUUUUUAAUGGCCAGGAAUAUUUUGUUUUCCAAGUUUUAAAAACCUUAAUAGAGUCCUCACCUAUGGCAUUGUUUGAAACUUUGUAUAUCUUUAAGUAAUUUAACUACCCCUCAUUACUAAGGAAAAAAAGAGGAAAAAAAUGCUUUAUAAAAUUCAUAACUUAUUGCUGAUCUGAAUGGGUUGUUAAUUUCAGUCCUGUAGAUUUUAUUUUAUUGUUUUAAGUAGGGUUGGGCAAAAAGAGGUAAAAUAAAAUAAAAAAAGAAUAAAGACAACUAUAUUUAGCAGUGCAGUGGAAUUGUGUUUAAAUGUUAGCAUAUGGUUCCCCAUUAAAGUAGCACUUUAACGCCAUUAAACAUUUCUGUAUCUGAAA